UUGUAAUUUGAGCAGUUAUGCAAUUAUUAUCUAGUGAAGCAAUAAUGGGGAGGAGAAUAGGCAUAGUAGGAGCAGGCAUAAGUGGUCUGUUAGCAUGCAAAUAUGCCCUUACUAAGGGCUACCAUCCCAUAGUUUUCGAGUCUCGAAACACUGUUGGUGGUGUUUGGACACAAACUCUAAAGACUACAAAGCUUCAAACUUGUAAACCAUUCUAUCAAUUUUCUGAUUACCAUUGGCCUUCUUCUGUCCAAACACUAUUCCCUGACAGCCAACAAGUUUUUGAUUACUUUCAAUCUUAUGCUAAUCACUUUAAUUUACUUAAGCACAUUAGAUUUAAUACCAAGGUGGUUAGCAUUAAGUAUGAAGGUCCAUCUGACCAAGACAUUCAAUCUUGGGCUCUUUGGGGUGGUAACGGUGACCCCUUCGGUGAUAAGGGAAAAUGGAUUAUCACCACCCUAGAUCUUCUCAGCCAAUCAAUUGAGAAUAAUACACAAGUGAUGGAAGUAGAUUUUGUGAUCUUGUGUUUGGGAAGAUACAGUGAUGUAGCAGACAUGCCAGAGUUUCCCUCAGGUAAAGGCCCGGAUGUCUUUGAAGGGAUGGUCAUGCAUUCUAUGGAAUAUUCUGCCUUGGACUAUGAAAAUGCUAGAAACUUGGUCAAUGGGAAGCGAGUUACUGUAGUUGGCUUCCAAAAAUCUGCACUAGACAUUACUAUAGAGUGCUCUAAUACUAAUGGUGUGGAACAUCCAUGCACAAUAAUAUGCAGGACUCCACAUUGGAAUGCAACCGAAUUCUUCCCCUGGAAAAGAUUAUAUUCGAAUCGCUUCUCUCAACUCAUGCUUCAUAAGCCCGGAGAAGGACUUGUACUCAAUCUCCUAGCCUCAGUACUUUCACCCUUGAGAUGGGGUAUGAGCAAAUUUGUGGAGAAUGAUAUUAAGAAAAAGCAGCCUAUAGAAAAAUAUGACAUGGUACCAGACCACAGCUUCCUACAAGAGAUGAGUUCCUGUUCAGUGGCGACAGUGCCAGCCGGAUUCUACGAAAAUGUUGAGAAAGGAAGCAUUGUAUUGAAAAGAUCCAAAACUUUUACUUUUUACAAAGAGGGUGUUUUACUUGAUAAUAAUAGUACUACUCAUGAUCACAUGGAAGCUAUCAAAUGUGAUCUGGUAAUCUUUGCUACUGGUUUUAAGGGGGAUCAAAAGCUCAAAGACAUUUUUGCAUCUCCAGGAUUUCAAGAUUGCAUUUUCGGCUCUCCUUCCAACACACUUCCUUUGUACAGGGAAUGUGUGCAUCCACGAAUUCCACAAGUAGCGGUGAUUGGUUUUUCAGAGAGCGCCGCAAACUUGUUCACUUCAGAAAUUAGAUGUCGUUGGUUAUUUGAACUACUUGAUGGAAAAUUCAAAUUACCAAACAUUCAAGAAAUGGAGAAAGAUGUUUUAGAAUGGAAUAAAUUUAUGAAGAGAUACUCUGGCAAGUACUUCAGAAGAUCUUGUAUGGGAGCAUUGCAUAUUUGGUACUAUGAUCAACUGUGCAAGGACAUGGGCUUGAACCCAAACAGAAAAAAGGGAUUUUGGGCCGAGUUGUUUGAGCCCUAUGGCCCAAGUGACUAUGCUUAAUUAGUGGUUAAUAUAAUUACACUAUUUGCCAUAUUGCUCUACCUAAACACAUCGAUACUCUUUGAGUUUGCCAAUAUAAUGUUUUCUUCUUUACAUUAUGAUAAUGGGUUUGUAUUAUUGGAAUUGGGAUCAAUAAUUCCAAAAUGAGGGCCUCCUUUUUUUUCUUUGUCACAAUAAUGAGCAAUCAAUUCACUUGAAUUUAUGAAAAGAGAUAAUUACAAGUUGUCAA